GGGGUAGCUGCUCUGCUGCUCUUCUUGGCCCUGGCCAGGGGAAGCCACCUCUCUGAGGCUCGCCUGUUCCUUUCUCUGUGGCUGCAGCGCCCUCAUGGAGAGCCUGAUCAACCCCCUACAGGAGAGGAUAGAGGACUGGAAGAAGACCGCCAACCAGCUUGACAAGGACCAUGCGAAAGAGUACAAACGAGCCCGUCAUGAGAUAAAGAAGAAGUCUUCUGACACACUGAAACUUCAGAAGAAAGCACGCAAAGAGCUUCUUGGCAAGGGGGACCUGCAGCCUCAGCUGGACAAUGCCCUGCAGGAUGUGAACGACCUGUAUCUCCUCCUGGAGGAGACAGAGAAGCAAGCGGUCUGCAAGGCCCUGGUGGAGGAACGGGGACGGUUCUGCACCUUCAUCGCAUAUCUGCAGCCGGUGGUGAAUGGAGAGAUCACCAUGCUGGGAGAGAUCACCCACCUUCAGAGCAUCAUUGAUGACCUAGUGGUGCUGACAGCAGAUCCACAUAAACUGCCAACAGCCAGUGAGCAGGUGAUCAAAGAUCUGAAGGGCUCUGAUUACAGCUGGUCUUACCAAACCCCUCCAUCUUCCCCUGGCAGCUCAGGGUCCCGCAAAUCCAGCUUGUGUAGUGUGGCACAACCGGUAAAUGCCAACACCCGCCUGUCCAGUGUCUCGUCACACGACUCGGGCUUCAUUUCGCAGGACGCCACCUUCUCCAAGCCUCCCUCGCCAAUGCCCUCGGACAUCACCAGCCAGAAGUCCUCCAGCUCUGCAUCGUCCGAAGCCUCUGAAACAUGCCAAUCUGUUAGUGAAUGCAGCUCCCCAACCUCGGAUUGGUCCAAGCUCCCCCUCUACGAGCAGCCGGGGGCAAAUCUUCUGCCACGCAGAAAGGAUCGGGUGGAGCUUCUCCGGGAGGCAGAACCAGGCUUGCCCCCCCUGAUUUAUCCGGGGCUCAGCUUGGAGGAUGGUCCUAGACCUCGCCUGUCCCCAGCCUCCAUUGCUGCCAAGCAGCACGGGGAGGAAGUGUCUCCAGCAGCCAGUGAGCUGGCCAUGGUGCUGACUCACAGCCUGAGCCUGGAGCACCAGAAAAGCAGCCGGGAUAGCCUGCAAUUCUCCAGUGGCUACAGCACCCAGACCACCACCCCAUUCUGCUCAGAGGAUGCCAUUCCCUCUCAAGGUUCAGAGUACAACUGCUAUUCUGUGAAUGGGGAUAUGGAGGGAGACAACCAGAACGAGUUAGACAAAUCCUCAACCAUCCCUCGCAACAGCAAUAUUGCUCAGAAUUAUCGCCGGAUGAUCCAGACUAAGCGACCAGCUUCAACAGCCGGCCUGCCCACUGGCACUGCCUUGCCAACUGGGACCAUGCCAGGCGUGGCUACCAUCCGUCGCACACCUUCCACCAAGCCCACAGUUCGCCGAACUGUCUCCAGUGCUGGUCCGAUUCCCAUCAGGCCCCCCAUUGUCCCUGUCAAGACCCCCACUGUGCCUGACUCGCCCAGUCACGCCGGCCCCCUCCGGAUGGGCAGUGAAGAAUGUGUCUUCUAUGCCGAUGAUGCCUGCUCGGCACACAGCCUGGACUUCACCAAAGUCUCCCCCAAGAGGCUGAGCCUGCCCAAUGCCAGCUGGGGCAGCAACACCCUGGAAAUCUCAGUGUACACUGGGGCUGGGAAGCCUUCCACAGAAGAGGAGCAGCAGCUGGCCGCCAACCGCCACAGCCUGGUGGAAAAGAUUGGCGAGCUGGUGGCCAGCGCUCAUGCCCUGGGAGAUGGCCAGUUCCCUUUCCCCACAGUGUACUCAGACCCUGGUCCUGAAGAACAGACCCCCAACCUUCCUCUGGCUGCUUCCAGCGAGCCCCCCACUGAAGACAUGCUGGUGGCCAUCCGCCGUGGUGUGCGUCUUCGUCGAACCAUCACCAGCGAUAGGUCAGCGCCACGGUUUUUGUGAUUGCUCUGGCCAGCUGUUGACCUGAGCUCCUUCUGAGCACAAGGCACCCAGCCUCAGCAAAGGACUGGGCAACAUGGCAGAGGCUGGGCAAACUGCCCAAAGGCUGCCAUGCCCUUCACGGACACCUGGUCAGGAUCUGGGUAAAAGGAGACUAAAUGAAAUGCCUUUAUUAAACCACAGACAAGACCCCCGCUUAUUGAUAACCGUUUUGGAGCUUGUUUUCUACCUUGUUCCAUCCCUUGCGCACUUUCUUUUUGGUUUCAUCCACAGCAAGCCGGAAAACCGACGCCUGCUACCCCUCCAACUUGGAGCACCACACAAAACAGAGCUCGUUUCCCAUGGAAAGAAAACCCUCCUGUUCUGUUUUCUGGUUCUUCUCUGUGUCUUCUCGUCCUCCAAAAGACAUCCAGUGCCUCCCCGAGAUGUGGACUGCAGGCUAUGUGAGGAGCAGGACCACUUCCUGGGCUUCCUUGAGAAGGGCUUUCUCUUGGGAGGGGCUCCUAGUUGAGGGGGUCUCUCAGGUGAGACUGUUUCAGGGAGAGGACUUAAUUUCCUUAAGAAGGGGCUCUUCCUUGCCCAAUCCAGUCCCCAUGUCUGGCUUGAGCUGCACGGAGGCCAGAGGCCUCCCUGGGGCAGGGCAGGCAGUGCAAGCAGUGUGCUUUGAGGCAUGAUUUACAGCACGAUUUGCAUGGAGGCACAUGGGCACAUUGACUCCCCCGAGCCUUUUCUGUGGCAGAAUGCAAGAAUGCCUGUCGAAAAAGAGGGUGGAGAUCAGGCCAGGUACAGAUGUGGGGAGGAUUCUGCCUCAAGCAGGAGUGGGCUUCACAGGCCUUUCUUGAAGGGGGAGAGUUCUGGUGAAGGACCAAUGCCAGGGUGGGGCAUCUUCAGCACAGUGCUUGCCUCAAGCCAUCUAAAGGCCUCAGGUCCCCUGGAUCUGGGAUGUAAAGGAGGCUGGUUUGAGGGAACAUCAGGGUAGCUGCCCUUGGGCAGGUACCUCUCUUCUCAGACCAAUCUGGACUCUUGAUCAACUAAACAAAAAGGGGUUCAGGAGAUGCUCCUUUGCUUGAUGCUUUGGGGGAAUCGUUUGAACAGAGAAAAGCCCUCAGCUCUGCGACUACGAUUGGUCUGGCAGAUCACCCUGACUGGUGCCUUUGGUUUGACAUGCUGGUGCCGGCUGGGUUCACAUGCUCCACAAAGCCAGUCUUGGCUUGAUUUCAGCUCCACAUGAUGUGCAAGGCCACCCAUGGCACUCAGAAUCCUCUUCCACAAGGCUGAGCCACAUGGCCUGGCUCCCUUGGAAGAGCACAAGCGAUGCUGAAGCUGUACCAGAGAAGGGGAGAAUGGCCGAAACACAAGAGGGACUGGAAACGGCUCCUCUCUCUCCUUUUGGGAACCUACAGCAAUUUCACGGUGGGAUGGUUUUGACGGCCAAGGAUGGAAGCUACGAGGAGAGCCAUGGCCCAGACUUGCUCAGCUUCGCCCAGUGGCCUGAGCCAUUGACCUGCCUUGGAGUGAGAUUUCAUUGCGCCUCUCCUUGGCCUCUGCCUGCGCCUGGGCUACUUUUGUGGCAGCCAUGCCUGGGCUCUGUCCUGCCUCGGUUACCUUUCCACAUUGUUCAUUCUUGUCUCAUCAAACAGUUCUGCACUUUCAUCCCCAGACCGUGUUGCAUCAAAGAGGCUCGCCUCAUUGUAUAGUCCCGACCAGUUUUGUUUACAGAUGUGGAAUCUGCCUAUUUUUGUAGUUGACAGGAAGAUUUUUAAUGGGAAUGUUGGCAGAAAUGAUGCCAAACGUAGCCAUAAUGCAUUUAUUCACAGCUGAUGUGCGAUGCAGCUUUUCCAUGGUCUGCAUCCAGAUCUAAAGAGAUGUGAAGGCAUCUGCUUCUCCUAAGUGCUGACCUGGUGACCUUCACUUCUCCCUGAAACUAGAAAUUAGUCUCUGUUGGCAAAAGGAAAGUGAUGGCAGGAAAGAGAAGAUGGUUUUGAAAGGUUGGAGAGAACGGAAAAGAGUGGAAACUGAACGGCGUAGACACACAAAAGCUUUGAGAAAAGCUGCCUUGCCUUGGGCAGAGCUAGGAAGGAGAUUGCUGCAUGUGUGGUUGCAGGUUGCAACUCUGCUCGUUCUCCUGUUUUUGGUUGCAGCUAUUUGAUGCUGUGGUACAGGGGGCAUCCAGAGGUCAACAUAUGAUACACAUGAGCACGAAGCGGAGAGAACAAAAUUGAAACUGAAUGUUUGCUGCUGUUGCAUCAAUUAAGGAUUCCAGUAUGUUCACCAGUAGGGAAAAAAGUACAUUUAGAAAACUUGAGUUAUUUCAAGAAGCACACAUCAAAUUUAAGCAUAGAACUAGGACAUGUAGGGUAGAAAAUUUUAGGGCACUGAUUUUCCGAACCUGGUGUUGGGACUUCCAGUUUACACCUCUGGAGAACAUGAAGUCUUCUGAGGCCCUGUUCUGAGGGGUAAAGAGCUCGGGGCAGGAGAGGUUCUGCAGUGGGCCCAGAAGGGCUGGGGGCUUCCUUGGCAGUGGAGAGGCAGCCUGUCCCCCCAAAGGCCUUUGAGGGGGCAGCAUCCCAAGAGGAAAGCUUACCUUGUACAUAGCUGUUUCCUCCCCAUCCAGUUCCAUCCACCUGUGUGUGCGCAUCAUUGCAGGCCCGACUCUUUGCCUCGUGUGAUAAUACUUUCGUUUUAACAUGCCUGCCCUCCUGUGGUUUCCACACACCUCAAACGUGACCGUGAGAUCCUUGCUUUUUGCUUUUCCCAUUUGAUUUGUACAAGGAGAAACAAACCUUCUAAAAUGUCCUUCAGUUGAUGUAACUGUCCUGGUGCUGUUAACUUGUUCUUCCUUCCCAUCCCAUAAUUUAUUUUCCUUCUAGCAGUCCGAGCUUCGCCACAUACGCCCUUUCUUCCAAUUUAGUUACGUAAUCUUUUUUUCAUUCAAAAUAGCCACCGCUACAGGUAACAAAUGCACUGUGAAGAUUUCAGUAUUAAUAAAAGUUGUACUGCAAUUAA